AUGCCAAUUCGGCCCAGCUUGGUGACGAGUGGAGGAAAGAAGAAAUCCAAAUUUAAAGCCUUCAAGGAUUUUUUUGGCAAGAAGAAGAAAAGAGAGCCUGUGGAUGUCUACAGAGGGAGGAGCCUGAAAUCAAGCUUCUCCAGCCUCCAUUUUAACAACUCUUCUCUGAAUCUGGUUCAGGAAGGUCAACAAUCAAAGUCUAAGGUUAAGGGAAACAUGGAGACCAAAUCCCUGUCCCAUGAAAGCACCUUCACGUUGGAUCCUGAGCCUGAAAUGCCAGCAAGUAAAACAAACCCUUCUCCAGAGCUCCAGAGGGGCAGAUCUCUGGAGAUCCCACCAAUGCGCUCACAGCAACCCAGCAUACGUCCACCUGUUACAGGAUCUGAGACAAUCUGUAAGGACUUUGAAAAAAUCUCUGUUGGUGCACAGCCACCUAAGACCCCACGAAAGGCUUUAUCACAGAAGAUCUUGUCAUUGAAGAGCUCCUUUGAGCCUUCAUCUGGACCCAUUCGCUCUCAGUCCUUGACCACGUUUGCUGUGCCCACCUCUCCCAGCAGCACCCAGCUGCCCAUUGGUUUCAGCACCCCAGCCACCACCCAGGACUGUUUGGAUUCUUCAGCUUCUGAACACAAGAUGGCUUUAAACCCCCAAAAACAAAAGAAGAAGAAGAACCCUGAAGUGACUGUGAAGCCAAAGCAGGAGGAGCUGAGCUUUCCACUGGUUUCUGAAGAGAAGACUAAAACCAAACCAAAAGCAACUUAUGAAAAGAAACCCCCAAAAGACAGUGCAGGUCCCUUGGCUCAGGAACAGAGCAACAACACUGAGAUUUCUAAGACAACCGAUCAGGCUACAAAGACAGAUGCUGCUGGGAGUCAGGGCUACUCAGCAUAUGGAAGACAAAGUGGAAAAAAAGGAUCAAGUGCUUCAGAAAAGAUUGAGAGUAGGCCCAGAGGAAGGAGCUCUAAAAAAUCUAGUCGAAAGCUUGACUUAGGUAAUAGAGCUGAGUCCCCAUCUGCCUAUAAGAUUGCCAGGGAUAGCCAUUUCUGGCGGUUGCCCUUGGAGAAGCAAGUCGCAGAGCAGCCCAUAGCUCUACAAGCAGAAGCCACUACUCCUCAGGAGUUGCUUUCAGAUAAAAACUACAUGGAACGGAGAAAGGCCGGUUUAGAUUAUGAAACCAGAAAAGCAUCACUAUCUCAUCCUAUACCUAAACACAUGAAAGCGUCCAUGAUUAGUGGUCCAUCACAAUACCAUGAAGAGGGGGCUUCUGGAACCAAGUCAGAAGCCAGAGCUUCUCUUUUAUCAGUGGUGGAAAGCCCCUCUACAGCCCAAGAAGAUGUCAUGUUCUCAGUGGCAGGGGAAGCUCAGGUGUGUAUGGGUACUUCUCAUAUCAGAUCAGAAGAAGAAGAUGCUUCUAGCUUUGAUUCACAAAGUGUCAAAUUAAAAAUGGAGUCAGCUCAAAAUAUCUCAAAUAUCUGCAAAAAGAAGCCUUCUGGAAAUGUCCUCCAGGCCUUUCCAGCAAGCAUUUUGGGUAUGGCAAGUGAUUUGCCAGAGAGAAGCAUUUCUGUAGAGAGGCUGCCUCCCAGAAGCCUCUCCCGGUCUUUGGGGAAGCCAGAAGCUAAAGAAGUCUCCUCAGAUGCAGACAGUACUUCAGAGAUGGAAAGUGGUUCUGAGCAGCCACUGGCUCCUGGAUACUUUUUGCAGUCCUCAGGGGACCCUGAAGAUGAUGAAGAAGGCUUUGCAGAAUCAAACAGUUUUAUCGGGAAAUUGAGCAGUUCUCAUGAGCAGCUGGCUCCCAGUCGUGCAUCUUGGGCUUUGGGGGAGCCUGAAGACAAAGUGUCCACAGAAUCAAAUAGGUAUUUUGAAAAAUACAGUACUGCUAAGGAUUGGAGCAGCUCUGAGGAAGAUCUGCCUCCCAGACACCCUUCCCGGUCCUUGGGGAAACCAAAAGCUGAAGAAGUCUCCUCAGAUGCAGACAGUACUUCAGAGAUGGAAAGGGGUUUUGAGCAGCAGCUGACUCCUGGAUACUUUUUGCACUCCUCAGAAGAACCCAAAGAUGAAAAACGCUUUUCAGAUUCAGAGAGUGCUUCAGAGAAGGGCGGUUCUUCUAAACAGCAGCUGGCUCCCAGUUAUGCUUUCCAGUCCCUGGGGGAGCCUGAAGAUGAUGAAGAAGGUUUCACAGAAUCAAGCAGUUUUGUUGGGAAAUUGAGCAGUUCUCAUGAGCAGCUGGCUCCCAGUUGUGCAUCCCAAUCUCUGGGGGAGCCUAAAGAUGAAGUAUCCACAGAAUCAAAUAGUUAUCUUGAAAAAUACAGUACUGCUAAGGACUGGAGCAGCUCUGAGGAAGAUCUGCCUCCCAGACACCCUUCUCUGGCCCCGGGGAAGCCCAAAGACCAAAAGGAAGUGUUCUCAGUUACGAAGAACACAGCUGAGGAGUGGGGUGUUUCCGUGGAGCAGGUUCCUCCCAGACGCCUUCCUCAGCCUUUUGUGAGGCCAUUUGUUCAGCAACAACUCCCCACAGGUUCAGUGAAUACUUCUUCAGAAUGGGUGCCAAUGCCUUCCAGGCACAUUUACCAGCCUUGGCUGAAGCCUAAACCGAAGCAACAAGCCUCUGCCAGUCCAGAGAGUGCUGCUCUUGAGUGGGCCAUUGCUAUGGAGCCACUGCCUCCCAGAGUGUCUUCAAGGCGCCAGUUGAGGCGUAAAGUUGAGCAACCAGUCUCCUCAGGUCCAGAAAUUGCUACCAUUGAAGGGAUCACUUCUAUGGAACCACCACCUCCAGGAACUCAUUCUCAGCCCCUGGUAAAACCAAUAUCUGAGCAAGAAAUCUCUGCAGGUCCAGAGAGCACUGUUGUUGAGGGGAGAAUUUCUAUGGAGCCUCUGCCUCCUAAAUUGCUUGCCCAACCUGUGAUGAGCCCAAAGGUUGAAGAAAAUGUGUUCUUAGGUUCAGAGGGUGCUGAGAAGGUCGUUUCAGUGGAGCCAUCAUUCUCGGAAUAUUGUCCCGAAUGCUUGACAAAUCCUGAAGCCCAGCAUAUCGUCUCAGAGAACACUGCUGAUAAUGAAGGCAUGUUUGUAGAGCUGCUGCCUCCAAAGUGUCCUUGCCAGCCUUUGGUGAAGCUUAACGUACAGCCAGAGAAUACUACCUGUGACUCAGGGAGUGCUUCCAAAGAAUGGAGCAGUCCUAUGGAGGUGAUGCCUUCGAGACACACCUUCUACCCCUACGUGAACACCAGCUUUGAACAACCCUCUGCAGGUCCAAAGAGCACUGCUGUGGAGUGGGGCAUUCCUAUGGAGCCGCUGCUUCCUAGAAUGCCUUCUCAGCCCCUGAUGAGACCAGUUGCCCAGCAAAAAGUCUUCGAACAUUCAUUGAGUGCUCAUGCACAAUGGAGUGGUCUUGUGGAGCCAAUACGUCCCACAUAUACUUCCCAGCCCAGGGUGAGCCCUAAAUUUGAGCAACAAGCCUAUACAGGUCCAGAGAGCACUGUGGCUGAGAGCAGCUCUUUGACGGAGCCUCUGCAGCCCAGACUGCCUUCUGAGGCUCUGAGAAAACCAAUCUCUACAGGUCCAGAGAGUGUUGCCAAUGACAGGGACACUUCUACGGAGCUGCCACCUCCCAGACAUUGGUCCAUUGUUAGACAUAAAGUUCAGAAAAUGUCACCAAGGUUUGAGAAAGCUGCUGUUGAGAGAGUCAUUUCUGGGAGAGCACAGCCUCCCAAAUAUCCCAUCCACUUCUUAAACUUUGAAGCUCAGGAAGUAUCCUCAGAUCUACAGAACACUGCUGUUGAAAGAGGUAUGUCUAAGAAAUCGCUACUUACCAGAGGUCCUUCCCAGUCGUUUGUGAAGUACAUGGCACAGCAUAUCUUUUCAGAGAGCUCUGAUAAGGAACAGCAGGUUUAUGUGGAUCCUCUGGCUUCAAAUCAACCUUCCAAAUCUUUGCUGGGGCCUAAAGUUGAGCAUCAAGUUAUGUCAGGUUGGGAGAGUGCUGAUAUUGAGGGAGGCGUUUCUUCAAAGCUGCUGCCUACAAAAGGCCCUCUACAGUCCUUGGAGAGGCCUGAAAACCCACAAGAAGUUUUCUCAUAUUCAGAGAGUGCUCCUGUGAAGUGGAGCUGUCCUCGAGAGCAGUGGCCUCCCAGAUACCUUUCCCAGACAUAUGGAGAGUUUGAGCACAAGCAAGAAGUUUCCUCAGUUUCUCAGAGCUCUCUUGAAGAAUGGAGAUGUUCUGAAGAGCAGCAGCCUUCAAGAGACACUUUCCAAGCUGAGGGUGGGGCUGAAUUCCAGCCACAGAUUUUGUCAACAGGCUCAGUGAGUGUGCCUAUAGAGUGUAGCAGUGCUGAGCAUCACCUGCCUCCCAGACAACCUUUUCAGGCUUUUGCAGGUCCUGAAUAUGAACAAGUUUAUUCAAGUUCCAUGAGUGCUGCUGCUAAGGCAACCAUUUUUGAGAGUGAUCCUAGCAGCUGUUCCCUACCAAAAGGUCCAGCUUCUCCAAACGAAACUAUAAAACACAGCCAAGGCUCUGAAGAUCUCAUUAAGAACACCCCGACUUCUGCUACCAAGCCUGUGAAGUCCACUGUCACUCCCGCCUGGCCAACAUCCAUUUCUGGGGAUAGUUAUCCUAAGGAGGAAGUUCUUGAGAGUAGUGAUCAAAAUGAUGGCUGUUCAAGUUUAUCCACCAGUGAGGCUGAUGUUGAAAACCUUUUUGGAGUCCGACUGAGGAGGAUCCCUUCUUCACAGAAGUAUAAGAGUAAGGAACAGGAGCAUUUUACCAAGCUUCCUUCACCCUCCUUGGGCCCAGUGUCAACUUCUGUAGGUGGAGAACCACAAAUCAGAAGUGCUUCCAAGGGACUCCUCCACACUGAAGAGAACCUCACUGCAAUAUCUGACUUUGCAGAGAAGCAAGAGAGCAAGCCCAAAUCUGAUAGCAUGCCCAAGAAGCAACCUGCUUACAAGAUCCCAGGAAAGGCUGAUCGACAAUCAGAUUAUGCCACCUCAGAGCCAGCUUGGAUAACCUUGGCAAAACAGAAGCAGAGGAAGUUCCAGACUGAGAUUACUAUGGAAGAGCUGAAAGCCAGUACUGGAGCUGGACCAGAGACUGAGACUAAGGUGGCUAGUUAUGAGGGAGCUGGCUGUGUUCCUCAAAACCAACCAAGAAAGAUUUUCACUUCUGAUGUCAAUAGACAGGAGAUUGAACAGAUGGCACUACCUAAGUCUACCGAUCCAGGAUUUGAAAAUCAGAAGAUAUUUCAAGUGCCUGCCAUGAGAAAAGAAACCAGACAUUCUUCAGCUCACCCAGCCACAUUCCAAGAGCCAGCUGAGCCAGUCUGGUUCUCCAUGGCCAAGAAGAAAGCCAAAGCAUGGAGCUAUAUAACAGAAAUCAUGCAGUAAAUAGCUCCUGGGUGGAGCAUCAGCAUUUCAAAUGAUAUUUGCUAAGAGCGGUACUAAUGCCAUGUACUGAUUUAUUUACUGUAACCAUUUUAAUAAGCAAAAAGCCUUAAAAUGGAAAUUAAAGCUAAUAAUUAUGCAAAUGAAACAUGCCAUGAAUGCCUAAUAAUCAGUAUAGUCAUUGCCAGCAUCUGAAAAAUGCAGCAUAUCCUCUAUAAAAACUAUGUAAAAUGUUUGCAGUGCUGUAGAAUUGGGAAAUCUUUAACUUGGGGAAAUGUGUUUUAGAAGGGCAAAAGCAAGAACAUUUUGUUGGAGCCACUAAGAAAAGGGUCAUUUCCCUUGAUCCAAAUACAUUAAUUCUAGUGGAAAUGUUCAGAUGAUUUUGCCCUAGGAUUGGCUUUUAGGUUUAUGAACCUAGUUAAUGCUCCAGUGUUUUUGGUUGCUGCUCCAAACUUUGCAAAGGCCCCUAGAAGAGGUGGUGGAAGUGAACAUUCUGGGUCUUCAAGAAAAAGUUUGCACAGCCAGUCCCGCAGUCAGCUCAGUGCCCUUUGAAACACCUUCUUGAAUACCUGGGAACCCCCCCCCCAUGCCUGCAAUUUAUACAGAGCUCCCUCUUUACACAUUUCCCAUGUCAGUCUGUCACAGGUCUGGCAGCAGUGAGUGCUUUUCUAAGAGGCAGACUAUUUCUUGGGGAUUAUUAUGCUCCUUUGGAUGGCUAGUUCAUCAGUCUUUGACUGCUUGCCCCAACACCACUGUGACCCUAUCCAGUUACUCAGAAGUGGUCUGGAUAUCAUAUGUAUCCUGUUUUAUAAGCACUGAAAACACUGUUGAAAUUCAAAAUUCUAUAAAUGCCAAAAGCUGUACUUUCAGUCAAGAAGUCUUCCACGAAAGAAGUCUGGGGCCACUGGAGAGCUGCCUUACCCUGACUCCAGAGUUAGGGUAGAGACCUCUGUGUAGCCCAGUUUUUUCUCCCUUUCUCUCAGAAAGCUGUUUCACAAGGUUUUAGCCCAAAGCAAAACUGCUAUCGAACAAUUCACCUUCUGGUAACUGGGAGCCUUAAGUGAUUAAAUCAGCCCCUCCCUGCCCUAAUUCCUAAAGGCAUACACCUAAAAAGUCACUAAGAUCACCAGUCCUCACCUCACCAGUGAACCACUCAUCCCAAGUCUUCCCCUCUAUUUCAUCCCCCAAACAAACCAAACACUAGGGUAGAGUUACCUUUAGAUUCCUGGACAGCACCUAGCUUAUUUUCUUAGGAGACCCAGAAGUGUCUUCUCAGUAUACCUUUCACUGUGUCUGCCUGUGCCACCUUGGGGCUACUUUGCUUAAACAAAACUGCAGGGAUAGACAUAACUGUGCCUUUAAGUUCUGAGUGGAGUGUUGCAUCAUGCCAAAAAAAAAAUGUGGAGGGACAGUGAGGUGCCAGAGCUAAUUUAAACAUUUGGCUUUGCUGAUGGUAUAGCAUGACAUUGUAUAAUCAUAUGCUGGUUUUUGCAUUUUGUCUGUAAAACAUCUUUUGUUCCUGAUAUUGUACCUUUGAUUUUUUGAUAAUGCUAGGUUUUUGUGAUUGGAUUUUAUUUCCCUUAUAUUUCCAUAGUGAAUAGUUAAAGUAGAAAUUAGUUAUCCCCUACCUCCCUCCAUUCCCCCUUUUCCCUGGGUGGACCACUAUUAGGUUAUUCUCAAUCUAAGAACUGUCCAUUAACAAUUUCUUUUCCACAGCUGAUAACAAAACUCUGUUUUUAAGUAGAGGCUAAGUUUUUUUAAUGCCUAGAGACACAUUUUAACAUGUUUUUGACUU